AUGGCCGUUGGUUGGGACUGGGAUUCUGCGGCAUUCAUAGCCAUAGUUGGCUGGUUAGUCUCACCCAUCAUCACUUUGCUCUUGCCCAACAUCCUCUCCUGCGGGUUCGACGCGUCGCGGAAGCUCUGGGAGCUGGAGAUCCACGUUAUCCCGGAGCUGAACAAGACGCUGCUUGCCGUGGAUCAAAAGAGGAUGCUGCAUAGGGGAGGAAUAUCCGAUGUGGCCACGCUCGACAAGAUGGCCGCCGUGCUGAGGCACGCCCGGGAGGAGGCCGAAGACAUCUUCGACGAUGCUCAGCACAAGAUCGUCGGCGGCGACAGCAUCUUGCAGACCUGCAACACGAGAAUUGAGCGCAUCGCCCGGAGCGGAUCGGCUCAGCUACUGCAGUGGGCGCGGAAUAUCUUCUUGCGUAGGUCAGAAGAUGCGCUUCCAGUGAUUUCCACUGCUGUUGCGCCCUCUGGCGAGCCCGUCCCGGUGACUGCACCCUCUGAUUCCUCGGGAUGGUGGUCCUCUUGCUGGUGCAGCUCCUUCUACUUGCUCAAGUUCUGUUGUACAUCACUAUACAACUCAGUAGUUGAUGUGUUCAAGGUUGCCUGCUUAUACAGAGAUUGGUCCUAUGACGUGGUUGGCAUCACAAGUUAUCAGGAGAAUGCAAGUGCAUCACAUUCUCUGGGUGCGGCUAUCUCGAGAUGGAACUUGAAGAGAAGAAUAGAGGAGUUAGAAAGAGUCGUCAAUGAAGUGAAGAAGUCAGAACUCUUGUGUGUACCAAGGGAUAUUGCACCUGAUGAUAUUGCCAACAAGAACAGGUGCCGAAUUAGAACUGCUAGCAAGCGGAAGGUAUUUGGUCGAGAGGAGUUGCGUGACGAUAUCAUGACAAGGUUCCAUGAGACACCGCACGGUGAUGCACCAAGCUCGAGUACUAGUCCAUGUUACUCUGUGAUUGGCAUAUAUGGUGUUGCAGGUUCUGGGAAGACUACCUUUGCACAAUAUAUUCGAGAUUACAUAAAGGAGGAAUGCAAGCAGAAACUUUUUGACACCAUCAUGUGUAUUCAUGUGUCUGAGACUUUCAGUGUGGAUGAUAUAUUUCAUGAAAUGUUGAAGGAUAUUACCAGUAAUCGACACUCCAAUAUUUCAGAUCAUGAGGAGUUGGAGGAGAAGUUGAAGGAGUCAUUGUGCGGCAAACGUUUCUUCCUGAUACUGGAUGAUCUCUGGGUGAAGAGCAAGAAUGACAUACGGCUGGAGGAACUAAUUUCUCCACUUAAUGCUGGGAUCAAAGGAAGCACCAUCCUCGUGACGGCUCGAACCAAAGAUGCAGCUGGAGUUUUGUGUGCUGACGAACCUAUUAAACUGCCAGAUUUGGAUGAGGAUCAAUACUUGACGAUGUUUAUGCAUUAUGCAUUGGGCGGAACAAGUGUUGGUGCUGAUGAAUUUGUACGGGUUGGGAGAUUGAUAGCAAACAAGCUACAUAGAUCACCUAUUGCAGCGGUAGUAGUGGCAGGACGGCUUGGGACAAACCCAAAUAUCAAAUUUGGGAAAAAUAUUGAAAAGCUUGACAUGUUGAAUGAUACCAUGCAUGCUCUUUGGUGGAGCUAUCAGCAGCUUAAUCCGGACAUUAGGCGGUGCUUAGAAUACUACAAUAUUUUCCCCAAAAGAUUCAAGUUGACAAGAGUCGAGUUAGUCCGCCUUUGGAUAGCCCAAGGGUUUGUAAAGAACAGUUGUGCAACGGAGGACACGGAAGAUGUAGCUGAGGGCUACAUUCAAGAGUUAGUGGCAUGCUCAUUUCUUCAACCAGAAGGAGAUUACUUUACAAUUCAUGAUCUUAUGCAUGAUUUAGCAAAAAAGGUCUCCGGAAGUGAUUACUUUAGGAUCGAGAAUAAAUGGAUCGAAAGUGGCGAAGGGUGGAAAGGAGAUGUUCCUCGAGAUGUUCGUCAUCUUUUUGUUCAAAAUUAUGAUUCAGAAUGGAUUACGGAGAAGAUCCUUAGAUUGGAAAAGUUACGCACCAUUUACGUUGUUGAAAGGGGUACACUAUUAGAGGAUAAAGUCAUUGAGAGUAUAUGCAAGAGGCUGCCGAAAUUGCGCGUACUGUCCAUUGAUUGGAGUAAUCAAUAUUGUGCACUUGAAAACCCCAGAAAGUUCUUGAUCCCAGAAUCUAUUAGUCAGUUAAAGCACCUACGCUAUCUUGCUUUCAGGACAGAACUUUCUUGCACGAUAAAUUUACCAAGCGCACUAAGUAAACUUCACCAUAUCCAGUUGCUGGAUUUUGGUUAUGGUGAAAUUUUGGAAUUUUCCUUUGCUGACCUUGUCAACCUACAACACAUGAUCUGCCAUAGUGACUUUCCUAACAUAGGCAGGAUGACCUCACUCCAAACGUUGCCAUGCUUCAUUGUAAAGAAUGAACAAGGGUAUGAAGUAAAGCAGUUGAGGAAUCUAAACAAGCUUCGUGGCGACCUAUGCAUUCUUGGCCUUAACAUUGUUAAAAGCAAGGAGGAAGCUCUUGAAGCCAAUCUAGCUGCCAAGGAACGGCUCACAUGUGUGUCACUAUGGUGGUAUCCUGGUGAUACAAGGUGCAAUUCAGAAAUCCAAGCAGAGGUAAUCGAGGGCUUGUGCCCUCCCGUGGGGCUUGAAACACUGCACAUCUUUUACUACCAAGGUACGAGGUACCCAGAUUGGAUGGUAGGUAAGCACAACGGUGGUCCAAAGGACCUGCAAGAACUUUGGUUAAAUGGAUGGAGUCAACUAGGCUCUGGCCCUGAACUCGAGGCUGUCCCACAUCUUCGUGUGCUCCGCUUUUCGGCCUGCAGCUGGAAAUUUUUACCAAACAAUAUGGAGCACCUCACAUCGCUCAAGGAAUUGUCCAUCACUGACUGCAAAAAUAUCAGGUCGCUUCCAACAUUGCCCCAAUCUCUUAAGAUGUUUCGUCUUGAGGGUUGCAAUGAUGAGUUUAUGAAGUCUUGUGAAACAGUCGGACAUCCAAACUGGCAAAAGAUCAGGCACAUCUCCGAGAAAACAUUUAGAUGUAAGACUGUAAUCCCCUUUUGCUUGACCUUUUGGUAUUUGUAUAAACAUUGCUUGUGCAACAUGAUGAUCUGCUACUAA